GCUUCUAAUCUUAGCCAGUGAGCCUUUAAUUCAAAGAGAGAGUCACAUUGUGCUCCUCCCUACCGAGUCUUCUUCCUUUUUGGCAGGCUUGUCUUGCGAGUUACGAUUCUUCGUGGAAAUAGUCCUGUACUUCCCGCGGAGGCUGCUACUAUUUUUCUUUUCGCAGUGAUAGUCAGCAUGGGUAUAUGAAGCUCAUGUAGGGGGGUCUCUGAGGAUACAGUUCCAGAAGGAAAAAUUAGAACGCAAAGAAGAUAAGUGAGCAAAGCAAAGGAUACGGUCUGGCGAUGGAUCAAUUUAUAGAUGAACGCUUUACAAGAGUGCGAUCUAAGAACUCGUCAAGAGAAGCUCUUGAAAAAUGGAGGAACGUAUGCGGUGUAGUGAAGAACCGCAAACGACGGUUUCGUUUCACUGCCAAUCUCUCCAAGCGAGACGAAGUGGCUGCUAUGCGUCGUACCAACCAGGAGAAGCUGAGGGUUGCUGUUCUAGUCUCCAAAGCGGCUCUUCAAUUUAUUCAAGGUGUGCCACAAAGUGACUAUGUUGUACCCGAGAAUGUUAAAGCAGAAGGUUUUCAGAUCUGUGCCGAAGAAUUGGGGUCUAUUGUUGAAGGUCAUGAUAUAAAGAAGCUGAAAUAUCAUGGCGGGGUUAAUGGUCUUGCAGGCAAGCUUUCGGCUUCAAUCACUGAUGGCCUCAGCAAUGACCCUGAUCUUCUUAACAAGAGACAAAAGAUUUAUGGAAUCAACAAAUUUACUGAGAGUGAGGCUCGGAGUUUCUGGGUUUUUGUUUGGGAAGCCCUCCAAGACAUGACUCUCAUGAUCCUUGGUGUAUGCGCUCUUGUGUCUCUCAUAGUUGGCAUAGCAAUGGAAGGAUGGCCCCAUGGUGCCCAUGAUGGUCUUGGAAUUGUUGCAAGUAUCUUGCUGGUUGUCUUUGUGACAGCAACAAGUGAUUACCGCCAAUCAUUACAAUUCAAGGACUUGGACAAGGAGAAGAAGAAGAUUACCAUUCAGGUCACAAGAAAUGGUUAUAGGCAGAAAAUGUCAAUAUAUGAUUUACUUCCCGGUGACAUUGUGCAUCUUGCUAUAGGAGAUCAAGUGCCGGCAGAUGGCCUAUUUCUUUCCGGAUUUUCUGUCAUGAUCGACGAGUCAAGUUUGACUGGAGAGAGUGAACCGGUGAUGGUGACUUCUGAAAAUCCAUUUCUUCUUUCAGGCACUAAGGUCAAAGAUGGCUCUUGCAAAAUGAUGGUUACCACAGUUGGGAUGAGUACUCAAUGGGGUAAGUUGAUGGCAACUCUCAGUGAAGGAGGAGUUGAUGAAACCCCGUUGCAGGUGAAGUUAAAUGGAGUGGCAACCAUUAUUGGGAAGAUUGGCCUGUUCUUUGCUGUAAUUACUUUUGCAGUUUUAGUGCAAAGCCUUUUGAGCCGUAAGUUCCAAGAAGGAAGCCUCUUGACCUGGUCUGGAGAUGAUGCGUUGCAAACUUUGGAAUUCUUUGCUGUUGCAGUUACAAUUGUUGUUGUUGCUGUUCCAGAGGGGCUGCCGUUAGCUGUCACAUUGAGCCUUGCUUUUGCUAUGAAGAAGAUGAUGAAUGACAAAGCCCUUGUCCGAAACUUAGCAGCUUGUGAAACCAUGGGAUCAGCCACAACUAUAUGCAGUGACAAGACUGGAACAUUAACUACCAACCGCAUGACAGUCGUGAAAACAUGCAUUUGUAUGAAUAGGAAGGAAGUGAGCAAUGAUGCUUCUUCUACCUUGCCUUCUGAUCUUCCUGAUUCUGCUGUGAAAGUCCUGCUACAGUCAAUAUUUCUUAACACUGGAGGAGAAGUUGCAGUCAAUGAAAAUGGAAAACGCGAGGUUUUGGGGUCACCAACGGAUGCUGCAAUAUUGGAGUUUGGGUUAUCUGUAGGUGGGGACUUUCAGGCAGAGAGAAAUGCUUGUAAGCUUGUCAAAGUUGAGCCAUUUAACUCUGUAAAGAAAAGGAUGGGUGUAAUUGUGGAGCUUUCCGAGGGAGGAGGCUUCAGAGCCCACACAAAAGGAGCUUCUGAAAUAAUUCUGGCUGCCUGUGACAAGGUUAUCAAUUCCAAAGGUGAGGUUGUUCCGCUUGAUGAAGAAUAUAGGAACCAUCUUACGGUGACAAUAAACCAAUUUGCAAGUGACGCACUUAGGACUCUGUGCAUUGCCUACAUGGACAUGGAAAAGGGAUUCUCAGCUGAAGACCCCAUUCCAGUUUCUGGGUAUACUUGUAUUGGAAUUGUUGGUAUUAAGGAUCCUGUUCGUCCUGGUGUUAAAGAAUCAGUUGCAGUUUGUCGUUCAGCUGGUAUAAAAGUAAGGAUGGUUACGGGUGACAAUAUUGAUACUGCAAAGGCUAUAGCUAGAGAGUGCGGGAUUUUAACAGACGAUGGUGUAGCCAUUGAAGGUCCAGAAUUUAGAGAGAAGAGUCAAGAGGAAUUGCUCAAACUGAUCCCAAAAAUUCAGGUUAUGGCCCGUUCUUCACCUAUGGACAAGCAUACAUUGGUAAAACACCUCCGUACCACAUUUGGGGAAGUCGUAGCUGUGACUGGUGAUGGAACAAAUGAUGCCCCAGCCCUUCAUGAAGCUGACAUUGGACUUGCAAUGGGCAUUGCUGGAACUGAGGUUGCUAAAGAAAGUGCAGAUGUCAUCAUUCUGGAUGAUAAUUUUUCCACAAUCGUGACAGUGGCAAAAUGGGGACGUUCAGUGUACAUAAACAUUCAGAAGUUUGUGCAGUUCCAGCUGACUGUUAAUGUGGUUGCGUUACUAGUGAACUUCACUUCGGCUUGCUGGACAGGAAGUGCACCCCUUACAGCUGUACAACUACUGUGGGUGAACAUGAUAAUGGACACGCUGGGAGCACUGGCUCUUGCAACUGAACCUCCAAACGAUGAAUUAAUGAAGCGGUCACCAGUAGGAAGGACAGGUAAUUUCAUUAGCAGCAUCAUGUGGAGGAACAUCUUAGGACAAUCAUUGUAUCAGAUUAUGGUGAUAUGGUUUCUUCAGACCAGUGGAAAGUUGUAUUUUAACCUCAAUGGCCCUGAUGCUGAUCUGAUCCUCAACACGUUAAUUUUUAACACAUUUGUCUUCUGUCAGGUUUUUAAUGAAAUAAGCUCACGUGAGAUGGAGAAAGUAAAUGUUUUCAAAGGCAUAUUGAAUAAUUAUGUUUUCGUAGGCGUUGUCAGCUGCACUGUUAUCUUUCAAAUCAUAAUCGUUGAGUUCUUGGGGACCUUUGCAAACACCACACCUCUCACUCUGCAGCAGUGGUUUUCAAGCAUAUUUAUCGGGCUUUUGGGCAUGCCAAUUGCAGCUGUCGUAAAGAUGCUCUCUGUCUCGAUCUAAGGGCUUCAGAUCAAUAAAUUCUUCUUUAACAACAGUGUACAUAGUUGUUGACAUUGCUUAAAUCUAUCAUUUGAAAGAAUUUAUUGAUCUGAGUUUAUUUCGAUAAAUUCUUCUUCUAAGGGUUUCAGAUCGAUAGAUUCUUUCAAACAAUAGUUUUAAGGUUUAUCCUAGCGCCAGUGCUUUCAGGUCCCCAGUUAUUGUACACGUGCACAUAGGUAUUUGGUACCGCUUAAAGCUAUUGUUUGAUUGAAGAAUUUAUCGAUCUGAAGCCUUUGGAUCAGUAAAAUUUUCUUUUCAAGGGCUUGAGAUCGAUAUAUUAUUUUUUUCAACAAUAGUUUUAAGGUUUACUAUAGUGGCAGUGCUUUCAGGUCCUCAAUUAUUGUACAUGUGUACAUUAGUUGCUUGGUACUGCUUCUGUUUGAGGAUUCCUGGGAAUAGAUGUGUAAUUUGAGCCGGAACUGAGUUGUAGCACUGUCAUUGACUUGUUAUUAGCAACUAGAACUGACUUGUACCUAGCAACGGUGAUUCCCUGUUAUGAUUUUUUAAAAGAUUCCACAUGAUGAUUUUAUUAACAA